AAAUGCGAUUGAGUGGCGGGGAAUUGUCAUAUCGAGAUGGCGAGGUGGUUAUCACAUUCACCUCUGUGGCUUCCAAUUCCAAAUUCAAAUUUAAAUUUAAAUUCAAAUCCAAACUCAAGGGUGCUACAGUAUCAACAUGCAUACAGAGCUCAAUUGCGUGUUCGAUGCAGCGAAGUCGGUGAGGAGAAGGAGAAGAAGAAGAAGAAGCGAUUGUCGGAGCAGUCGUCAUGGGAGGCGAAGGACGCAGAGGGAAGAGACUAUCUGUACAGACUUGGCAAAGAGGCUGAUAACAUGAACAUCGCCGUCGGCCAACGUGCCGGCGUCAUCGAUUCCCUUUUCGUCGGCGAUUUUCUCGGCAAAGAUUCGGACAUUGUGUUUGAUUAUCGUCAAAAAGUGACGAGGUCCUUUGAAUACCUUCAGGGCGAUUAUUACAUCGCUCCUCUCUUCAUGGACAAAGUGGUAUGUCACAUUGUCAAGAACUACCUAGCUCAUAUCCUCAACACUAAAGUUCCUUUAAUUCUAGGUAUUUGGGGAGGAAAAGGACAGGGGAAAUCAUUUCAAACAGAACUUAUAUUUCAGACCAUGGGAAUCGAACCCGUAAUUAUGUCUGCUGGGGAACUAGAAUCAGAGAGAGCUGGAGAACCAGGAAAAUUGAUUCGCGAGCGUUAUAGAACAGCAUCUCAAGUGGUCCAGAACCAAGGGAAAAUGAGCUGUUUGAUGAUCAAUGAUAUUGAUGCUGGACUUGGUAGAUUUGGGAAUACUCAAAUGACGGUCAACAAUCAAAUUGUUGUUGGGACUCUUAUGAAUCUGUCAGACAAUCCUACAAGAGUAAGUGUUGGCCAAGAUUGGCGGGAUUCAGAUAUCACAAACAGAAUUCCAAUCAUUGUAACAGGGAAUGAUUUUUCAACUAUUUAUGCUCCGCUGAUUCGUGAUGGAAGGAUGGAUAAGUUUUACUGGCAACCAAACCUUGAAGAUAUCCUGAAUAUCGUUCACAGAAUGUAUGAGAAAGAUGGUAUAUCUAGGGAUGAAGUUGAAAGGGUUGUGAAAACUUUCCCUAAUCAAGCAUUGGACUUUUACGGAGCUCUAAGAUCACGUACUUAUGACAGAUCUAUUUUAAAGUGGAUUGAUGAUAUUGGAGGUGUUGAAAAUUUCGGAAGCAAACUUCUCAAAAGAAGAAAGGACCAAAGCCUUCCUGUAUUUAUUCCUCCAGAGCAAACGGUGGAUGCUUUACUAGAAGCGGGUUAUUCUCUGAUCAAAGAACAACAGUUGAUAAUGGAAAAUAAACUUUCAAAGGAAUACAUGAAGAACAUAGAUGACUGAUAUAAAGAAUGUUUCAGUGGUGCAAGUGCUCGUGAAUUAUGAUUGGGCCAGUUUGGAAUCUUAUCACAGUAAAUUGCUAUCAUGGAUACGGUCCACUUUGGAACAGUGUGCUUCUCUUUAGCCAUUUCCUAGUUUUAAUAACAAUUGUAUUUAUCGUGAUGUAACCCAAUUGUAAGAUAAGGAAAUACAUGAAAUGUCAUCUCCAUAUCAAAACAGUGCAAUGUUUGAUCUUACAUUGCUGAACCGCUUGUUCAAAGGUGAUGUAAUUAUUCUUUUAAUUUAA